AUGUCCGGUUGGUUCUUCACGUAUCCGAACGUUCGUGCCCGUCAGUUUUUGUGUGUUUCUAUUCAAGGCGAUUCGAAUACGUUAGCAGAUCUGGUCGAACGCGAUCAUUCUGAAGCGAUGUCGUUGUUUAUCGAUCGGGCUGAGGCAAUUCUGCAUUCAUCGUUUGGCGAUUCAUACUAUUGGGAGGCUAGAAGAUCAAUGCGAUACGCGAAACAUCUCGUUGAAAUUGGUGAUAAAUUCAGGUCUGAAAAAUUGAACUCGAACGAUGUGUCUGAUAAAACUGUUCUAGACAAAAGUUGGGAUGAAACCAAGAAGGCUAUCGGUGGUCCGUUUGUUUGCAUUCAUUGGCGUCGACGAGACUUCGUACACUCUCAUUCGGCGCACAUCCCUUCGAUAGAAGGUACAGCCGAAUUGGUAAAGAAAUUUUGUGAUGGUUUCAGUUUUAUGUUCUUUCAUUCAUUUUUGCUUGAUGCAGAUGAAACGUUUGCUUGGAAUUACAAGAGACAAAUGACAGCUUUGGAACUGUGA